UUUUUCCUUUCCACCUUUUUCUUUUUUUAUUAUUAUUCAUGGAAGACCUGAAAGAAAAAGAUCAUUUUCCUCUCUCAGGUUCUUCUGACCAGUUGGAAAUAGGUUCUAUUUUAUUCAUAUCCCCUACUAUUAUACUCUCUUUUAUUAUCCUCUUUUCACUUGGCCGCUUGCUUCAUACUCGCGCUUCCCCUUGGAUUGACAUUGACGUUCAAGCAACAAGAUCAAGAUCAUGGACAGCAUUCACCAAACUGAUUAUUGUUCUUUGUAUCGGUGUGAACUUGACAUUUUUGAUUGAUGCUAGUAGCAUGAUUGCACGAGUAAUGGAAACUUCGGUAUGGAUAUCAAAACUAUUAAUUUUUUAUGAAGCUGCUUCAUUCAUGGCAUGGAUGGUGUGCCUUUGGACUUUAUUGGAUGAAUUAUACAAAUUUGGUCAAAUCUAUUGGAUUCAAUAUAUCUUUUGGUGUGUCGCCUUAUUAACAGAAACAAGUGUAGGUUGGUUAUGGGCUCUUAGCAUCAAACAUCCUAAACCAGAUACAUCAUUCACUAUUUAUGAUCAAUUUCUCUUGGGUGUAUUUAUCACAAGAUAUGUUUUAGAAUGUCUUCUCUUUGUAUUUUCUAUAAUACAUAUGUUUUCACAAACAUCGUCAUCAGCAGAAACUACUCCUUUAUUAAAUUCAACAAAUCAUUCGGAUUAUGGCUCAGCUCCAACAAUCACUACUACAACAAAUGAAAAACCGAAGAGUACAUUCUCGGAUUUCUUUAAGAAGAUGGGAGAUUUGAUGCCUUUUAUUUGGCCUCACAACAAUUGGCGUUUACAAGCUUUAGUGAUUCUUAGUUUUGGUUUAAUGGUACUUGGAUUAUUUAUCAAUGCUCAAACGCCGUUCCAACUUGGUUAUGUUGUAGAUCAUAUUGGCAAAGGCAAGUUUGCUUGGGCAGCUGUAUUGAUUUAUAUGGGAUUCAAAUUUUUACAAGGCGGAUCAGGUUUGAUUCAAUGUGUACAAAACUUUUUAUGGGUGCCAGUGAACCAAUAUACUACCAGAGAAAUCUCCAUCAAAUUAUUCGAACAUCUUCAUUUGCUCUCUCUGAAUUUUCAUCUCAACCGCAAGACUGGUGAAGUGCUUCGUGUCAUGGAUCGUGGUACAAGUAGUGUGGUGCAAUUGUUAUCUCAGAUUUUAUUCCAAAUUGUUCCCGCUAUUGCUAAUAUCUUGGUUGCUGUAGUCCUCUUUACCAUCACCUUCUCACCUGCCUAUGGUGCUAUCGUGUUCGUCACCAUGUCUCUCUACCUUUAUGUUACUAUUACCAUGACCGAAUGGCGUACCAAGUUUAGGCGUUCUAUGAUUGAACUGGACAAUGCGGCUCGUACAAAAUCUGUCGAUUCAUUACUCAAUUUUGAAACUGUGAAAUACUAUGGUAACUCUGACUAUGAAAUCAAUAGAUACCGAGAUGCUAUUGUGGAAUACCAAAAGGCUGAUUGGCAAUCCUCUGUUUCUCUCAAUAUUUUGAAUUUGGCUCAAAAUACUGUCAUUACUGCUGGUCUCUUUGUUGGUUGCAUGUUAUUUGCUUGGGAAGUCUCACUUGGUCGUCUAACAGCCGGUGAUUUUGUCAUAUUCAAUGUUUACAUGAUGCAAUUAUAUUCACCUUUACAUUGGUUUGGUACUUAUUAUAGAAUGAUUCAAACAAACUUUAUUGACAUGGAGAAGAUGUUGGACUUAUUUAAAGAAGAACAAACUGUCAAGGAUAUUCCAGGUGCACCUGAUAUCGUUAUUAAGGAAGGAAACAUUGUAUUCGAUAAUGUCACAUUUACGUAUGACAAUCGUCAAACCGCAUUGAAUGGUGUCUCCUUUACUGCUCCUGCUGGAUCUACUGUUGCUCUUGUUGGACCGUCGGGUUCUGGAAAAUCAACCAUCAUGCGACUUUUAUUUCGCUUUUAUGAUCCUACUACUGGUACUAUUUCCAUUGAUGGUCAAAACAUUCGGAAUGUCAAACAAGCUUCCCUUCGACGAAAUAUUGGCGUGGUACCCCAAGAUUGUGUUCUUUUCAAUGAUACUAUCAUGUAUAACCUUCAAUAUGGUGAUAUUCAUGCUAGCAAAGAGGAUGUUUAUGAAGCAGCCAAGGCAGCUCAAAUCCAUGAUAAGAUCUUGUCAUUCCCUGAUGGCUAUGAAACAAAAGUGGGCGAACGUGGACUUCGAUUAAGUACUGGAGAGAAACAACGUGUGGCUAUUGGACGAACCAUUCUAAAGAAUCCACCUAUUAUUUUAUUGGAUGAAGCUACUAGCUCUUUGGAUACUUUGACUGAACGACAAAUUCAACUCGCUUUAUCCAAUGUCACAAAGGAUCGUACAACGGUUGUGAUUGCUCAUCGAUUGUCUACUAUCGUUAAUGCUGAUUUGAUUCUCGUUAUCAAGGAUGGUCGUGUGGUGGAAUCUGGAACUCACGAUGAAUUAUUGAAACAAGGCGCAAGUUCUGCUGAUCAGCCAGGCGUCUAUUGGGAAAUGUGGCAGAAACAACUUCGCGAAGAUAAUGACACUGAUUCAACGUCUACCAUUGGUGACUUGAAAACGAAAAUUAACAAGGAUGAUGACACAUUACUGACAAGCAAUGAGACCGCGAAACUUGCACAUCAAGUAGAAGAAACCAUCCUGGAUCCUAUCACACCUUCAAAACAACAACAACAACAACAACAACAACAACAACAAGAGGAACAACAACGAGAAAUGGAGACAGUAUUAGAACAAGGUGACUCUGAUCAGGCGCAGUCUACUACCAUCACUCACUCGUUGGAUGAUAUUCCAGCAACUACUAAUGAUUAUACUAUGAUUACCCAACAACAACCACAACAACAACAAGAAGAAGAAUUGCGAGCGAAAUUACCACCUCUAGAUAUCCCAUCCAAGAUAAAUGAUACUACUACAGGUGAUGAUUUGGUUUCUUCACCUGUCGAUGAAAAUACUACACUUCAAAACGAUCAAACAACAAACCCAGUAUCGACUUCACCAACCAAUAGUGCUCCCAAACAAGAUCAACAACAAACUCAAUCAUCACAGCAAUCUCAACAAGGAAACAACAAAAGCAAGUCGCGAUCGAAAAAUAACAAAAAGAAGAAGAGAAAGAGCGGUCGAAACAGUACUACCUUUUAAUUGAUUAGUAUAGAUUUAGUUUUUUUUUUUUUUUUUGUAUGCAACUAUAAAAGAAAAUAAAAAAAA